AUGGCUAGCUCAAUGUUUAACAAGGUUACUUUCUUGGCUAUCAUAUGCUUGGUUUUGGGUAUUCCCUUAGCUAAUGCUGCCCAAACAUGUGGUGAAAUACAAACCUCCUUAUCACCAUGCCUUAGAUACCUUACGGACCAAGAACCAACUGUCCCUGUGACAUGUUGCAAUGGUGUUAGGACUGUUAAUGACCAAGCCAGAACUCUCCCUGAACGUAAAGAUGCUUGCGAGUGCAUCAAAUCAACUUUAACCAUCAUACCUGGACUCGAUCUUAACGCCGUUCAAGGUCUCCCUAACAAGUGUAGUGUCAAACCGGUUUUCCCAAUUGGUGCCGACGUGGACUGUAGCAAGAUAGGAGUGGAGCUCUGA